AUGAUUCCACCUAUGGUUUCAUCUAUGAUUGCACCUAUGGUUCCACCUAUGGUUUCACCUAUGGUUCUAUCUAUGGUUUCACCUAUGGUUUCACCUAUGGUUCCAUCUAUGAUUCCACCUAUGGUUUCACCUAUGAUUCCACCUAUGAUUGCACCUAUGGUUCCACCUAUGGUUUCACCUAUGUUUCCACCUAUGAUUGCACCUAUGGUUUCACCUAUGGUUCCAUCUAUGAUUCCACCUAUGGUUUCACCUAUGUUUCCACCUAUGAUUGCACCUAUGAUUGCACCUAUGUUUCCACCUAUGGUUUCACCUAUGGUUUCACCUAUGAUUGCACCUAUGGUUCCACCUAUGGUUUCACCUAUGGUUCCAUCUAUGAUUCCACCUAUGGUUCCACCUAUAUCUCAAUAUCUCCCAAAUACAAUAACGAAAUCACCUCCUCAGUAG